AUGGGGAUUUUACGUGCUAUUCUGAAGCAUCCUGAAGAUAUUUAUCCAUUGUUGAAGCUGAAGGUCGCGGCACGGUAUGCCGAGAAGCAGAUCCCUUCAAAGCCACAUUGGGCCUUCUGUUACAUCAUGCUUCACAAGGUCUCUCGUAGCUUUUCUCUCGUCAUUCAACAGCUUCCCGUCGAGCUUCGCGAUGCCAUAUGCAUUUUCUAUUUGGUUCUGCGAGCGCUUGACACUGUCGAGGAUGAUACCAGUGUAGCGACAGAGGUAAAAGUACCUAUUUUGAUGUCCUUCCAUCGCCAUGUUUAUGAUCGUGAAUGGCAUUUUUCAUUGUUAGGCGGUACAAAAGACUACAAGGUUCUUAUGGAUCAAUUCCAUCAUGUUUCAACUGCUUUUCUGGAGCUAGGGAAACAUUACAAGGAGGCAAUCGAGGAUAUUACCAUGAGGAUGGGUGCAGGAAUGGCAAAGUUUAUAUACAAGGAGGUUGAAACAAUUGAUGAUUAUGAUGAAUAUUGUCACCAUGUAGCUGGGCUCGUUGGAUUAGGCUUAUCAAAACUUUUCUGUGCCUCUGGGAAAGAAGACGUGGCUUCAGAUACUCUCUGCAACUCCAUGGGUUUAUUUCUUCAGAAAACAAAUAUCAUUAGAGAUUAUCUGGAAGACAUAAAUGAAGUACCCAAAUGUCGCAUGUUUUGGCCUCGUCAGAUUUGGAGUAAAUACGUUAACAAGCUCGACGACUUGAAGUAUGAGGAGAAUUCUGUCAAGGCAGUGCAAUGUCUGAAUGAAAUGGUCACUAAUGCUUUAUCACAUGUAGAAGAUUGUUUGACUUACUUGUCUACACUGCGGGAUCCUGCUAUCUUUCGAUUCUGUGCAAUUCCACAGGUCAUGGCAAUUGGGACCCUGGCAAAGUGCUACAACAACAUUGAAGUCUUCAGAUCAGUUGUAAAAAUGAGACGUGGUCUCACCGCUAAGGUUAUUGACCGGACCAGGAACAUGGCAGAUGUAUAUGGUGCUUUCUUCGACUUCUCUUGUAUUCUGAAAUCCAAGGUAGAGUAUAAAGAUCCACAUGUGGCGAAAACUUUAAAGAGGCUUGAAGUGAUCUUGAGAACUUGCAAAGCCUCAGGAACCUUGAACAAAAGGAAAUCUUUCGUAAUCAAGAGUGGACCUAAUUACAAUUCAACUUUCGUUGUUGUCCUUGUUGUCAUAAUGGCUGUCCUUCUUGGAUACCAAUCUGGUAACCAGCCUUAGAUCAUGUG